AUGCCUAGGUUACCGCGACUAAUCCGCGCGGAAGAUGCAAAACCAAGCAGUGAGCAAGACGGUCCCCGCGUAGAGAAGGAUGCUUCACUCAGCAAACAGAAAGAAGAAAAUGUGCCAGCAGCGCCUUGGAAGGCCUUGUUCUUCUUCACCGCCAGAUCACAUUUGACAUGUCUAAUUAUCGGCCUCGUGGCAGCUCUUGCAGCUGGUGGUAUCACGCCAGCGCAGUCUUAUCUACUCGGUAAGGCUUUCAAUGCAUUCACCAGUUCUAGUAGCCCUAGCGCUGUCCUCAGGAGUGUCACAAAUUACACAAUCUAUCUCCUGGCCCUCGGAGUUGGAAGCUGGCUAGUGCAUUUCAUCUUCUUCUCUGCAUGGCUAGCAUUUGGAGAGCUGCAAGCCAACAGUGCCAGAGAACGGCUGUUCUUGGGUAUGAUAAAUAAGGAUGUCGAAUGGUAUGAUAUGAGAAAGAACGGAAUAGGGGCUAUGAUACCUCGUCUACAAGCACAGAUCAGAGACCUCCAGCUCGCGACCGCACAGCCCUUCGGUGGCUUGAUCACAUCUACUGCAGAUGCCGUGGCGUCUCUCGGACUGGCGCUGUACACUUCUUGGAAGCUUACCCUCGUGAUCAUCUCUACCACUCCCAUCAUCGUCCUGGUCAUCGGGUACUUGAGUGCAACCAUGCAACAACACGUAAACAAGCAACAGGAAAAGCUCACGGAAGCCCUCAAAUAUGUCGGGAAUGCAAUCAACGCCAUCGAGGCCGUCAAAUGUUUCAACGGCCAAGAGCAUGAACUCGCGAGAUACGCAUCCCGACUCAAAGAUGCUGCAACCUGGUACUACCGCGUCAUCAACGUCAACGCUCAGCAAUUCGGUUUCAUGGGGUUCAUGACGCUAGCCAUGUUCGUCCAAGGCUUUUAUUAUGGAGGCGUACAGGUAGACAACCACGAGAAGAACACUGGAGACGUUAUCACGACUUUCUUCUCGGCCAUAAGUGCCUUUCAAGCCAUCUCUAGCAUAUUGCCACAGAUGAUUGUGCUUGAGAAGGGAAGAACAGCCGGCUCAACUCUCAGAACUGUCAUGGCGACAAUGGCCAAGAAACCAGACUCUACAUCACCUUAUGAGCUUGUACGACCUGAAGAAUGCAAAGGCCAUAUUGAGUUUCGAAAUGUCUCAUUUGCCUACCCAGCACGCCCAGAUCGGUUGGCCUUGAAGAAUGUCACUUUCUCUAUCCCGUCCUACGACACUACAUUCAUCAUCGGAAAGAGCGGAUCUGGCAAGAGCACCUUCGGACAAUUGCUUUUACAGUUUUACCCUGCGACUUCGGGACAAAUACUGUUCGAUGGCAUACCCAUCAAUACCUUAGAUCCUGUCUGGCUGCGAAAUCAGAUCACGCUCGUCGAGCAGCACAGUACGCUAUUUGAGAACACCAUCUUCGAGAACAUCGCCAUUGGCAACGAGAAACGACACAACAUCAAGGCAGAGGAUGUCACCAAGGCUGCUGAAUUUGCCCUGCUGUUAGCAAUGAUUAACGAUAUGCCUGAAAGAUUCCAGUCGAUGGUUGGAGCCAAAGGCGGGACAAUGAGUGGUGGACAGAGGCAGCGCAUGGCUCUCGCGCGAGCAUAUCUGCGAGACACGCCUGUACUCCUCCUUGACGAGUCAACAAGCGCACUAGAUCAGGUCAGCCGGUCGUUGAUGAUGGAAGCAAUCCGUCGAUGGCGCCGUGGGAAGACAACUAUGAUAAUCACUCACGAUAUCACACAAAUCCUGGCCGACGACUAUGCGAUGAUCUUCGAGGACGGUGAACUCAUCCAGGAAGGCCAUCGUAAAAAUAUAGAGCACAUGCAUGGGUCCCCUUUCCAGAGAUUUCUAUCCGCUGAGGUGGUCGCGGAACCAUUGUCCCCAGAAACCGUCCAACCUGAUUUUCCAGAACUUACAGAGAAGGACACGAUCGCAAAUACGGCGUACCGAUCCUCGACAGAUGAUCCAUUGUGGACGAGCUUGGUUAUCAGUGAAAACAUUCGGUACACUUAUCUACCAGCGCUGUUUGCAAACAGACAUACCAAGGCUGCUUUUAGAGGGGCAUACGGCUUCGCUGCUCCACUUAGCGAAUUUGGCUCACCAACUUCCACCUUCACUUCGGGUCCAUCUUCACCCUUUUCACCUUUGAAGAGAACUUCGACCGGUAAAGAGUCGUCCAAUUCGUACGAGCUGCAGGCCGAUGACACGGUGCAGCAGAAUAAGAGAAAAUCAACCAAUAGGAAGUCUGUAGCACCAGAGCUUCUCGAAAAGUUCAUAGAAUCGACAGGAAACUUCGCCGCUCGCGCCCAGAUCACCACAGGAAACUCGAGAAGAAAACGUCUUCCUUCAGAUGCAUCGAUUCCUGGAUUGACCGAUGGGACUGAGUUACAGCCUCUUUCGAAGCAUCAAAAGAAGAGCGUGCCUGUAGAGAAGCGACAAAUCUUCUCCAUUCGCGCUAUCCUCGGCACUGUCUGGCCUAGUCUCGACUGGCAUAUGAGAUCCGUCCUUAUCUUCGCGAUUGUUGCUGCUUCCAUAAAUGGCGCCUGUACCCCGGUUUUCUCCAGCAUCCUGUCCAAGUUGAUAGGAACAUAUGGCAAAGGUGGGAAAGCAAAACAUACGGCUGUGAUAUACACUGUCUCUAUUCUCAGUAUUGCCGUCGUCAAUGGCUUGACCAGCUACAUCAUGCACCUACUUCUGGAAUACGUCGGCCAGGUGUGGAUUAACACGAUGCGUGAAAGAUCUCUGGAACGGAUUCUCGACCAGCCCCGUGACUGGUUUACCCACGAAGAGAAUUCAGUGUCACAUGUGAUGGAGGCUCUGGACCGUCAUGCGGAAGAGAUGCGUAACUUGCUGGGUCGUUUCGCAUCUUCUCUCUACAUAGCCUUCGUCCUGAGUGUCGUCGCUCUAGUCUGGGCUAUGACAUCUCAAUGGAAACUCACGUUGAUUGCGAUCGCACUUGGUCCUUACGUAUGGUUUGUCACCAAAUCGUUCAGUACAGUCAGCGGUAAUUGGGAGGGAAGGAGCAACGACGCCGCCGAAGCUGCUGGCUCAAUAUUCACCGAGACGUUCACGAACAUCAAGACAGUACGGGCCUUGACACUGGAGUUCCACUUCCGAGAAAAGUACUUUCAAGCAACGAAGCACGCUUUAGAGGUUGGUUUCAAACGCUCCUUGUACGCUGGCUUUUUCUUCGGUCUUUCCGACUCGUCUGGGAUUUUUGUCAUGGCUCUCAUGUUCUAUGCUGGUGCGAAACUGAUACGAGACGGCGCAAAUCCGACAAAGAUCGUUGAAGUCUUCAUUCAGCUUAUCUUGGCGAUAACUAACGUGAGUAUCUACUUGAGUCUCAUCCCACAGAUCAGUUUAGCGAAAGAUUGCGCUUCUCGUCUGCUUCGACUUUCGACGUUACCGAAAGACUCGCACGAGCACUUCGGCAACACGCAAAUUACUUCGAUCGGAGAUAUCGAGCUCCACAAGCUUUCUUUCUCCUACCCUUCCCGUCCUGAUCAGAAGGUUCUCAACAACAUCAACUUACUCAUACCAGCGGGCGAGACAACCGCCAUAGUUGGAUCUUCAGGGUCAGGCAAAUCGACCAUCGCUGCUUUGCUUCUCGAUCUGUAUACAUCUGCGAACGAGGCGUCCGAAGCCAGCGGCAAGAUCCCGGACAUUAUGCUAUCUGGCCGUAACUUGAAGCACAUACAUACCCCAACACUGCGUUCUUUGAUCACAGUGGUUUCACAAACUCCAGUCCUUUUCGCUGCCACAGUAGCCGACAACAUCACAUAUGGGCUGCCACAAAUAUCUCCUCAUAACAACAUGGCAUCCGUCCGACGGGCGGCAGCUGCAGCAGGUAUUGAUGAAUUCAUCAUGAGCCUUUCACAAGGUUACGAGACUCUCAUAGGCGACGGUGGCACCGGACUCUCGGGCGGACAAGCUCAGCGAGUGGCCAUCGCCAGAGCUCUGAUUCGCAAACCGGCAGUCAUGAUUCUUGAUGAAGCAACAUCCGCUCUUGAUGUCGAAAGCUCGAAUCUGGUUCGGGACACCAUACAGGGCUUAGUCGAGCGCGAUGGAAUGGGUAUGACCGUCAUUAUCAUCACCCACAGUAAAGACAUGAUGAGUAUCGCGAAGAACAUCAUCAUGCUUUUUCAAGGGAAGGUCGUAGAGCAAGGAAGCUAUAGAGGAUUGCUGCGCAAGAAAGGCGAAUUUUUUCAUCUUUUGAGCGGAGGAGAAUGGAUCGAGGAACCGCGAAAGAAGGCAGAGGCUGGUGUGCGUGGCUUAUCGGGUACCAUAGAUUGGGGGGCUAGACUGACCUGA